GGAAUCUUGAAUUUGGUUAAUCUGCUGAAUCAAAAAAAUACUACUUCCUUCUUACUAUUACUUGUAACUUAAUUUUUUGCAACUCUUUAGAAAGGGUUUGAAGUUAUUUCUGAAUGGCCUAUCAGUUCAAAAAACUUUAAAAUCAGUAAAAAUAAAAGAAAUUCUCAGACGAAAUAUUCAAAGUCUGAAACACAUUGCUUUGUACUAAAACACUAUUCAGGAUUUAGUAUAAAAGUCACAACUUCGGGCAUUCUACGAAGCGUUAUGCACUAAUCCACCUCAUUUUUCUCCGUAUUUUGUCUUCCACUCUAAAGCAAUCAUUCGUAAAGUUGACAAAAUUUAUUCCAGUGUAACUAUCAAUGACAAUUCUGUGCAAUUUUUCCAUGGAAGUUUUUUUUUCCUGCGCUAGAUGAUUCGUUUCGUAGUUAGUGGGUUGCCUUCUUUAGGAAGUCCAAGGAAAAUCACAAAUACGAUAAGGUGUCUCUGUGACGAUAAGAAUUCCGAUAAGACAUUGCGGGAGAAUGUACCAGAAGGUUGAAUAUUUCAUAAGAAAAAUAAUUAAAAUAUUGUCAUUAAUAUUGAAAAUUGUUGACAUGUUAAUAUUAGCGUCAAAGAGUGCGAAUUGAAUGGAUUUACACGCAAGAUUAACGACAUUUUACGGCUAUUGGAUUUUUCCAUCAAUUCACACCUUCAGAAUUUGUCAAAGACGAUUGGGAUAGAACUAGUAAAGGUAAAAAAAAGCUACCAAAAACAUUGUGUGAUAUACUCAAGUCGAUCGGUAAUGCGACGAAAAGCACAUCAGUCUAUUUUGUGAAGUGACCCAGUGAACAAGUAUUUGGAGGAAGCUCCUCAGUAAUUCUUUUUACUUUCAAAAUUAAAAUACUGGAUUGCAGUGUGGAUUUACCUAAAGUAUUUUAUCAAAUAACUAAAAAAUUCAGACGAAGAAAUCCUAUCAAAAUAGGGACUUUUCAACUAAGAAACUCACAAUGAAGUACGGCAGUGUUGAGUGCGUCGAUGAUCCUAGAGAACCUAGGGCUAAGGUUAAUGUGUUCCCUCAUGACAAAUGGCAAAUCCUCAAAGAUAUUGUAACCAUAUCCCUGGCUUUUAUGAUGCACUUUACGGCCUUCCAGGGGGUUGGUAAUCUUCAGUCUUCGAUAAAUGCUGAAGGUGGACUAGGGGUAGUGUCCCUAAGUGCAAUCUACGCUGCACUCAUCUUCUCUUGCAUAUUUAUUCCAACUCUCAUGAUCAGGAAACUCACAGCAAAGUGGACCUUAUGUGUAUCUAUGCUGUGCUAUGUUCCCUACAUCGCAUUCCAGUUCUAUCCUAGAUUUUACACCCUAGUUCCAGCAGGGAUCCUCCUGGGUCUAGGAGCAGCCCCUAUGUGGGCAGCCAAAGCCACCUACCUUACUCAAGUAGGACAAGUCUAUGCCAAGAUCUCACAUCAAGCCGUCGAAGCCAUUAUUGUUCGCUUCUUCGGGUUCUUCUUCUUCGCCUGGCAAACGGCGGAACUAUGGGGAAAUCUUAUCUCUAGUCUUGUACUGUCCAGUGAAAAGGAAAACAAAGACAAUGUUACAAUUGACUUGGACAUUUGCGGAGCAAAUUUCUGUACAGCUCACGUCAAUGAAAAUUUAGAAAGACCACCAGAUGCGGAUAUUUACAAAAUUACAGGCAUCUACUUAGCUUGUAUCAUUAUUGCUGUUGCUAUCAUUGCCAUCUUCUUGGAUCCCCUAUGUAGGUAUGGUGAAAAUCGUAAAGGAUGUCCUGCUGCAAAACCAACCCCAGUAAGGACUCUAAUGAUCGCCACGGCAAAACAACUCAAGAAACCUUACCAGAUUUUUCUUAUCCCAAUUACGAUAUUUAUUGGAAUGGAGCAAGCAGUUUUAGCAGCAGAUUUCACUCAGGCCUUUGUCUCCUGUGCUUUGGGCAUCCACCUUAUCGGAUAUGUAAUGGUUUGUUUCGGUGUAGUUGAUUCAAUCUGUUCCAUUAUCUUCGGAUCGGCUAUGAAGCACAUCGGAAGAAUCCCAAUUAUUCUUUUGGGUUUUAUCAUUCACGGAUCACUGCUGCUCAUGAUGCUUUUCUGGCGCCCAAAUCCAGAACAGCCAAUGAUAUUCUUUGCAAUUUCUGGUCUCUGGGGUGUUGCAGAUGCUGUCUGGCAGACCCAAAUCAAUGGUAUCUACGGAGCUCUCUUCAGGCGCAACAAGGAAGCGGCUUUCUCGAAUUUCAGACUAUGGGAAUCUAUUGGUUUUGUUGUAACCUACGCCAGUUCUGCAGCCUUAUGUGCCAAAAUGAAACUAAUUUCUCUACUUCUGGUUUUGCUGUUGGGAGGAAUUGGAUGGGUCAUUGUUGAAAUUAGGCACAAGCAUCGUGAAAGUAAACUCAAAGCUCUGCAUGAGGAAACCAAUGGAAAGAUGGUUGUGCAUCACCAUCCUGUUCCAACUGAAGAAGUCAAUGGUCAUGCAGUUCACGAGGACGAUGAGGACGACAACCGAAGUGAUGAAGAUGAUGAACUUGAGGAGGAUGUUGUGGUAUUGGAGGAACCGCACUCUCCUCAUGGCGAUGGACUAAGAUUCAACUUCUCCAUCAUCAGCUUCACCUCUAUCACAUCAAAUCCCAAGCACUAAAAUGCACCUCUAGAUUAACAAUUGUAUUAUUGAGAUAUUUUAAUUAAAAUUAUUUAUUAGUCCA